AUGGUCGCCGGAUUGGACGUCGACGCAGAUGAGUCUGUGAAUUUAUGGCGGAGACUAAAAGCCAUUCUUGGAUCAUCACCACAGAAGGAACAUGUGCCUCAGGGAGAGGGUGAUAAUGUUGACAGCGUCACAGAACGUUGGAAACUGCUCACUCGCUACCAAGAAGAUAUACCACACUGCUCGCUGAAUUGCAUCUACGAACUGGUGCUGGAUUAUAAUUGUGCUCACACCGACUUUGCUUGCAUCUGUACCAGGCUCGAGGUGAUCAGUCAGGAUGUGAAAUUCAGAUCCUGCUAUGACCAUUGUCCUAUCAAUCCUGAUCAGCGAUGGACGCCGGGACGAUUGCUUGAUUUCUGCGAACUAGUGGGGGUCCAGCCGGCACUUCCGGACUACAUGAGCCAAUACAGUGAAUUACAUAGAAGGCAACCUGUUGAAGCAAGGGCUUUCGCUCAGGAGUCGGGGGCGACUGGUGGGCGGGUGAGCGUCGUCACAGUGUAUAGCACUGCAACUAGGAUUCAUGCGUCGACUUCAGAUGCAGAGGUUUUAACCUCCACGAUGACAAUUACAGCUUCCUGGGUCAGCGCCAUACAAACAGUUCUAGUAACCAAAACAGCGACGGGCUUCUCCACGAGCCAGAUCUCCAGUGUUAGUACAUAUUUGCCAACCGCAACACCUGAACCUGUGGAUCCGAGCCUCCAAUCGACCGGUCUCUCAACGGGAGCAAAAGCGGGGAUUGGGGUAGCGAUACCCUUGGCAGUGAUUUGCAUAGCUUCGAUCCUGCUAUGGUACAUACGGCGGAAAAAGAAGAACGGGGGAGACGGCGGGGGACAUGAUGAAACCCAACUGCCGACAACUAUAUCGCCAACUUCACCCGCAGUCAAUAACUUACCUUUCGAGAAAGAUGGGAACGCUAUCAAUGAGUUAGAUGGCCAGCAGAAUUCGGAAACUGACGCAAAGUCUAAGACAACCAUUUUCGAGCUAGAUGCGAACCUGACCACUCCCGAAAAGGACCAAGGACAGCAAAAGGAAGUGACAAGUGGUGAUUCACUGACGACUGUCGGAGCUUUUCCACGACCUUCGUCUAUGCAGGAAGAGAUGAGCGGACCUGCGAAUAUAUGUGGGUUCAAUACCCCGCGAGAGUCCCAAGAAGGCAAUCCGUCUCAUGCCUAUGAAGAAAUGUCACUCGCGGAUCUAGAGGAGGAAUUGGCUCGUGUAGCAAGAAGAAAGGAAAGGCUUCAACAUCUCGAGUCGCUGGAGAACACGCAGGAAGCCUUGAGACGGCUGAUUGCGGCAAGGAAGAAGGAAUAA